AUGAGUCGCGUCAGCCCAAAACAGAGAAAGCUCGCCAAGUACCACCGCAUGGCCUGCUUGGCCAUUGCCCUCGGCCUUCCUUUCAAGGCCUCUCUCAUCAACAUGUACACCGCGCUUGCCCGCUCUCGAUACAUGAAGAGACCCAAAGUAUAUGGCAAAGCGACUUCAAAUCGCCGAUCUGUCUCAGGCAAUCGUAAGGCGCCUCACAAACCCAAGACUCCUCUCAGUCUCCAUGACUCUGCUGGUAAGGGAUGUUGGGAUAGAGACCCGAGGUCGUUAUGGUCCCGUAACAGUUACCUUUGUCCCGUUACCUUCACUACGUUCCCCACCAUUCUGGACGAUAACAGGCUUCCCAACCGAGAAGGCCACCACCUCCCCGCUAAUGCAUCAAAUGCAGGCAGUCAAGCAGACAGCGGGGUAGUCACAGCCCAAGACGUUACGGAGACACAUACUGAAAGCCAGACUGUUGCUGACGAUGAUGUGGAAAGUACCGUUGCAGAAAUUGAGUCGAGAGGUAAUCAAACGGCGACUUCUCGAGUGCCAGUUGGUGACGGUCACACUGUAUUGUCAAUCCAGUCGAGUAUGACGUACCAACGCUACCUUUAA